UUUACUGCGAGCCACACAGUCGUGAGUGACGUUGCGGAUCCUGUCCGCGAUCCUGUUUUGCGCUUCUUUCCCUGCGUCAGAGUCCGGCUUGCUCCGUCGUACAGAGUCGCGAUGAAGUUAACGGCGCUGCUUUUGCUCCUGGCCUGUUUGUGCGGCUCCCGCGGUGCGCCUAUCCAGGACAUGCCAGGCCAAGUGGACAAGUCAACAGUUCCACUUGUCACAAAGACCGAGGAAGAUGGGGCACAUUCUGCAGAACAGACAAAAUUUGGUCAGGAAGACAGUCCCAAUGAAGCAAAUCAGCAGACACAAGCCAAAGAGCUGAAUGGGAAGCAGGAGAAUUUACAAGGCCCAGAAGAAAUAGAUGAAAAGAAAAUAAAAGAGCAAGAAAACAAGGGUCAGGACGAAGAUCAAGAGAAAGGAGAUACAGAUCAGGGCAAAGAUGAAAAGAAAGGAAAGUUGGAUGGGGACGGAGGUAAAGUAAAAGGAGAGACAGAUGGGGACGGAGGUAAAGCGAAAGGAGAGACGGAUGGGGGUGAAGGUAAAGUGAAAGGAGAGACGGAUGGGGACAAAAGUAAAGCAAAAGGAGAGACGGAUGGGGACAAAAGUAAAGCGAAAGGAGAGACGGGUAGGGACGAAGGUAAAGCGAAAGGAGAGACAGAUGGAGACGAAAGUAAAGCAAAAGGAGAGACGGAUGGGGGCAAAGGUAAAGUGAAAGGAGAGACGGAUGGGGGCGAAGGUAAAGUGAAAGGAGAGACGGAUGGGGGCGAAGGUAAAGUGAAAGGAGAGACGGAUGGGGGCGAAGGUAAAGUGAAAGGAGAGACGGAUGGGGGCGAAGGUAAAGUGAAAGGAGAGACGGAUGGGGGCGAAGGUAAAGUUAAUGGAGAAACGGAUGGGGAUGAAGGUAAAGCGAAAGGAGAGACGGAUGGGGACAAAAGUAAAGCAAAAGGAAAGACGGCUGGGGACGAAGGUAAAGUGAAAGGAGAGACGGGUGGGGACGAAGUUAAAACGAAGGGAAAGGCAGAUGGGGACGAAGGUAAAACGAAAGGAGAAACGGAUGGGGACGAAGGUAAAACGAAAGGAGAAACGGAUGGGGACGAAGGUAAAACGAAAGGAGAGACGGAUGGGGACGAGGGUAAAACGAAAGGAGAGACGGAUGGGGACGAAGGUAAAAGGAAAGGAGAGACGGAUGGGGACGAAGGUAAAAGGAAAGGAGAGACGGAUGGGGACGAAGGUAAAAGGAAAGGAGAGACGGAUGGGGACGAAGGUAAAACGAAAGGAGAGACGGAUGGGGACGAAGGUAAAACGAAAGGAGAGACGGAUGGGGACGAAGGUAGAACGAAAGGAGAGACCGAUGGGGACGAAGGUAAAACGAAAGGAGAGACGGAUGGGGACGAAGGUAGAAUGAAAGGAGAGACGGGUGGGGACGAAGGUAAAAGGAAAGGAGAGACGGAUGGGGACGAAGAUGAAAAGCAGGAGAAGUAUCCAGAGACGGAUCAGGGCACUGAUUACACUGAUGCACAAGACGAGGAUUUUGAUGUCGGUCGCAAUGUUGUUGAUUACACGAAUCGUGGAAAGAUUCCAGUCAACAGAAGUGGAGGCCAGAAGGUGCUGUUUGACCCUCGACUGGAGCAGGAGGAGAGCAGCCACUUCUUUGCCUAUCUCGUCUGUACCGCUGUACUGGUGGCCGUCCUUUACAUUGGAUACCACAACAAGCGCAAGAUCAUUGCUUAUGUGCUGGAGGGCAGUAAAUCAAGGACCACACGGAGACCCAAAUCAGCAGACUAUCAGAAACUUGAGCAGCAUUGAUGAAGACCAACGUUAAAACCUGCCUGCGGGAAUCAGCUGUGGCCUUGAAAUUUGAACUGCGUAUGAUGAAACCAAGCAAGGUGUUAAUUUGAUAAAAACUGUGACGUUUUCCGAAAUCGUGUUCUUUGAUCUAAAAGACAGUCAGGUUUAGGGCUUUUCAUUUGGUGUAAGGGUUCAUGAUCUUAAGUUUGAAAUGUUAUCAGUAAUUUAUUGGAUGGAUUCUUAGAGAAAAUAUGGUACUUCUUUUUCAUUUUUCCUCUGUUUUCUUUGUUUUCUUCCCCGUCUUGAGAAAAUAGAAGUAAUAUAUACAUUUUGUUCAGUUGUGGCUGCUUUGCUGCAUGUCUGUGCAGGGUUAGUUAGCCUUGCCGAGGCCUGUUAGAUGAUGAUGAUGAUGAUGCACAGUUGGGUGUACGGACUUGUUUCAGCAUGAAAAGUAGCUUGGAGGUCUUAUACUUUCAGGGAUUAAUAAGAUCCUUUGAGCUUAUUCACAAAGCAUAAGCAAAACACUUCUGAAUGCUGUAGUUUUGUUUCGUGUAAACAGUUCACCUAUAAUAGCAUAUCAAAACAUUUAAUAGUUUCCACAACACAUGCAAAUGUAUUUCCAGUUUUAACCAGGAAAGCACUGUGCUUUGUGAAGAAGUGGUGAAGGCUUUGUUUUAAAAACCCCACUGUUUUGUUCUUUCAGAACAGUUAAGCUCCCGGGCAAUGACUUACACUACAGUUAACUGUCAGGACCUCAGUACCACGAAUAAAGUUCACAAAGUCAAAUUAAAAACCCCAUUUUGUGGGUAGUUUAUUGCUGUAAUUUGCAUUAUCUAUCAAGUAUUUUGCAAAAAUAUUGCUAAAACUGAAUCAGUAUCAUGGUACACCGAUAUAGAUGAUAUAUCGCCCAGAACUACGAACGGUUUUUGCUUUCGGCCAAGGAGCCAUAAUAACAAUGUGUGGCGAUGUCAUUGAAGAACCACUCAACCCCAGCCCAAAAAAACUUAUAGUUCAGUUUCUGCAGUUGAGUUUGGUUUUAAAGAACCAGCCAGUGAAAUGUUCUUCCAUGGCAUUUAUCCAUUUUGGCACUUUUAUUUUUAAUAGAACAGCACCUACUUUAAAAAGCUAAAAAGCUGGAGCAGAGCAAAACCUGGACCAGCUCUUGGUCUCUGGAGAAUGAAUUGGAACCCCUCUGGUUUAGCAGGUGGCAGUGAACCUGCCCUGAGCCUAUUGCACUCUAAGUAAUCUGUGUUUGCACUCUGGUUGUGCUGCUGUGCUGCUCCGAGGAGCUCAGCCUUCAGCCGUCGCCUCCGUCUCAGGAUGCUGCCGAACAUGCAGAGAUGGAGGCAUCAAAGCCUCUACUUGCUGUUCUGCCAGCAAAAAAUGCGGAUAUCGCGGAUGUUGUCGCUGUCGCAUGAAAACCUUGUAAAUGUUUAUCUUCAUUUACACCGUUUGAAAAUGUGGAGUUGGGCCAAAUUUAGCUUUGUAGGUUUUCAAGUUUUAUGUUAUAUUAACAGAUGGGUUUUCAUUCUGUUAUGAAGUUACCGCUUCAGAGAUUUGAGGUUUUCUACCACUUUGGGUAGCCAGUGAUUUUUUUAUUAUUAUUAUUUUUUUAUUCAUUUGAUGGUAAAGAAGCAUCUGGUGUGGUGUGUACGAUGGCAUCUGGUUCUCUUGCUUCUGCUGAAGCCGUCAGUAUUUAGUCACAGUGUGGAGGCCUGCUGAGUGUAAGCAGCAUGAAGCUCGUUUUAUACACUAGCCAUAUAGAGAAGGAGUGUGUGGGCGAACCGCUGUUUCAGGAGCAGGAUUUUGUGGCCGUUUCGAUCAGUCACCGCCUGGAAAUGCACUCUUUCAGAGCCAGCUUGGACAAGCUUCAGUGAAACCCCCUUCAACCUAAUGAGUGUUUGUAAACAGUGUUUGUUUAGAGUUGCUACAUCUUGAUUGCGUUCCAGCUGUCUGUUUGAACUGAGCUGUCUAUUUGAGCUAUGAUGUCGUUGCUGGUCAAAGCUAAUUAGGUUGUAAAGAGCAAGGAGAUGCAAUUUGCCACCAUGCUAACGUUAGUUAGCUUGAUUACACGUCUGAAAAAUAAACUUGUGUCCAUAAUUUCUCAUUAAGCGUGGUUGGGAUAGUGUAGUGGUUAACACCUCUGCCUUCUACACUGUAGACGGGGGUUCAAUCCCCACCUGGGAUGCACCCUACACUAUACCAAUAAGAGUCCUUGGGCAAGACUCCUAACACCGCCUUGGCCUUCCUGUGUAAAAUGAUCAAAUUGUAAGUCGCUCUGGAUAAGAGCGUCAGCCAAAUGCCAUAAAUGUAAAUGUAAAUUAAGUUAAAUAGGAUAUUUGCAAAACUUGGCAACCGUUGCUUUGAAGCAUACAGUCAUAUGCAGAAGUUUGGGCACACCUGGUUUAAUUACUUGAUGAUUUUUGAAGUGAAAACAAGUGAACAUAUCCUCUGCAGGGAACACUUCUGUACCUUUUAAUGCACAAUUACUGUUUAUUUCCUGUGCUUUUAUAUAUUGGAAAGAAAAUAAAACAUAAAAUCUUACCUGGGCAAAAGUUUUAGACUCCCCCCCCCCCAAUAAAUAGAAUUUGCUCCAUAUAUAGGAUGUGUUUUGUUUAUGUAGGAUGUGUUAACUUGCUUUCACUUCACAAAACCUGUAGUUUGACACCAAAAUUUGUAUAUGAAAGUAGAGGAGUAAUUUCAUUAAAAGGAAAAAAAAACAUAGGACAUACAGAGGUAUGGACAGUGUGCUGUCGUCUACAGUUUCUUCUUUUUUCAUUGAUGUCUAUUUCAAUUUUGAGCUCAGUAUUACAAGAUAGUAAGCCUCAUGCUGGAGAUCGACUAGCCUGUGCCAAAACUGAAUAUACUAGCAGAUGUUUCUACAGGAGCAAACACAGCUAGGUGAGCCCAACAGAAUCGCUAGUGCCAUGUGAAAACCUCUUCUCUCCCUGUGCCUGCUUAUGGAUGACCUAUCACUAUUCUCUACCAGGGAUCUUUGAUAUACUGUAAUGCCACUUUUCUAGCACUUUCCAUUGUCGAGUUUGUGGAAUGAUAGUGAAGACGUGAGCAAUGGCUUUGUGCAACCACUAUUUGAAUGCUAGAGAAAGAAAAUGUUUCUUUUAUUUAAACAAAAUCUCUGUGUGGACUGACCUGUAAUUCUAGUGUCACUUUUAUGCCGAUACUGCUUUUGCAUAAAAUCUGAUUGAAAUGAAA